CAGGCUGUCGGCUAGAGUAAUUAGACUCCAUUAGUGGGCUGGCAGACGUCGCCGCGUUCCACCCGAAAGCAGCAGUAAAGAAAUUUAUGCAAAGUGCUCAGGAGCCAUGUGCCACUCCAGAUCUAUCUCCAUCUACAGACAUACUCAUACUCAUACCCCACCCCUACCCACACUCGUAUAUCCGUAGCCACAUGUUGGCGCUCAUAAUUUUUACGCCAUUAGACAACUUUGUGCAUAAACUCAUUAAAAUGUACUUGAAUCCCUCGAAACGAAAUGGAGAUGGCACUGCUGAUGUGCCUGGAUCUGGAGCUGGGAUGCCUUGGCGAGGCGUUUGGCUAAUUUGUCGAGCAGCGUCAAAUGACAGGGAAAAGGCAACAGUCUGUCUCCCCGAUGCCCCACCCCUCGAAUCCGUGGACAUGUGGCGCAAUUUGACAGCUUGAGGCGCAACAAGAUAGAUUGACUCGCAAAGAUGCUGGGCUGGCCGGACUGAAGUUGGGUGUGGAUGGAAAUGGCAAUGUCAGUGCAGACAUUACGCAAUUUGAGACAACUCAAGCAAACACUCGAGUGUGGCCGCCACUGGGAUGAUUAUGAUUACGAUUAUUAUUUUAAGCCUGAUGAGUUUGUCUCUGUCUUGCUCUCUGGAAUUAUAAUGCCAAACAUAAUGAAAACGAUGAACAGGCGCUGGGGAGUCAUCAUGCAACACAUGGCUGCAUCCAUCCAGGUCUGGGAUAGUUUAGGAUAGAUCAGUGAUUUACUGUCAUCAAAAAAUUCAAAAAAAUAGCAACGCUUUUUUUAUGGCAUUUCCCACACGUGGGAAAUAAAAGAAGCACAUGUGUUAUCAGUCAACAUGUCUUAAAAACCAAUAAAGGCCAAUGAUAUAUAAAAACUAUUUUUAGUUUACCACACCGUGUUGACCACCCGAAAAGUCCCCAUUUUCCCUGAUCAUGAAUCAUAUUCAAGGCCAAACGCCCAAUUGACUUGAAUCGAAUCGAGUAAAAUCGGUGAAGACACUAGUAUCUAUAAACUGAUUAUAAUGUCAUUUACUUAUCAGCAAGAUAUCAGUAUCGCCAAGUUCGAACCACCUUUUGUCCGAUUUAAGCACGAUUGUAGACUUGUAGUGGUCCCCAGUAACGACCGAGCUACCGAACGAAAAAUAUCGACUUUGUAAGAAUGAGUGGUAUGCAAACCACAACUGUGGACCCAGUACCCAGCCCCCCACAGGAAACCAUCAUCAUUGCCACCGCCGCACCACCACCUGAGCCCAGAAAACCGGCUGUGACCACUAAUAACAGAGGAUACUUUACCCGCAUCAAUAAACAGAAUUAUGCGUCCUAUACAGUUUUCUUCCUAUUCAUCUAUGGUGGCAUGGACCUGGCAGCCAGCUUGGGCUGGAGUCAACCCUACAGCGUCCUCCUGUUUACGGAGUACUCGUACUGUUGGUUUGUAGGUGUCAUCAUUGGAGCACUGGCCGCCACUCUCACCAUGACCUUUUUGCCCAAGCUGGUCUACUAUGUUUUUGGUGCUCUGAUGCAGCUAACUGGAUCCAUUAUAUUUACGGCUGCACCUGCAGACUAUUCGGCCUGCCUGGCCGCCCGCUAUUUGGCCGGGUUAGGGAUUGGCCUCAUUACGGUGCCCUUCCUCAUUCACAACGCUGAGGUGGCAUCUAGCAACUUACGAGGAGUCAACGGCGGAAUGGAGCAGUGCGGUCUAGCCCUCGGAAUUUGCUUUCAAGUGAUUUUUACUACGGAGUGGACUUCAUUAAUUGACUCAAACCCAAACGAGAUCCAUGGCAUCCUAGGGAUCAUAGUCUCAUUGUUUGGCUUGGCGAUGACUGCACUGGUGGUAGAGUCGCCAAUCUUCUUUCUACGUCGAAAUAUGGAGAACAGGGCAAAGCAGAGCCAGGAGAAACUUUUGAGCCAUAAUCCCGGUGGCGUUAAUGCAGCUCUCAAGGAGGCCAGAAGGUACGUGGCGGAAAGCGACAACCGGACGCUGGGCGAGGAGCUGGUGGCCUCGGUGAUGCCCUUCUUGAAAAUGCUGCUCUUCCGCUGCUUCGUGGCAUUCUCCUUCUCACUGCCAUUGACCAUGUCGAUCAUCUCGAGCACCGCAGUAGCGGAGAAGGGCCUCAGUCUUUGGCCAAUCUACCUAUUUGGCGUUCUUCGUGGGAUUGGAGUCAUGGUGGCUUUCUUAUUCCUGGACACUUUGGGUCGCAAGGCGGUGUCCUUGGUGGGUCUGCUCGUUAUGGCUGGACUAAUGCUCUGGCUGGCGGGUCUAUAUGCCAACGUGACCAACUUAAUUAGCUUUAACUUAAUGACCUCAGCCAGCAAUAUCGGAUUGGCUUUCCAGGUAUUCGCCGGACUCUUCGUGUGCAGCUCAUCCGCAUACAUGGGCGAGGCUUUUCCCAUGCGGGUCAAGUCGUUCCUGGUCGGAGUGAUUGUCAUCAUUGAGCAGGUCGUCCAUAUCGUGGUAAUUGCCUGCGUAAGCUCUGUGCCCAGCCAGGACUUCUUCUUCCAGUAUUUUUUGGCCGUUGGCAUUAUCAUGCUGGUGGGCAUGAUCUUCUUUACCGUGUCUCUGCCGGAGACAAAGAAGAUGACGCUGAGGAAGGCUGGCCAACGUUUUCAGAAGUGGUACGACCUACAGAUGUACUAGGUCUAAGACUCCAAACUCAUAUUUGUUUAAAUUGCCAUUUACUUUCUUACUAAUUUAAGUUAAUAAAAUAAGAUUC